UUGGACACGAAAACCGAGAACACUAUGGCCUCUUCUUUUCCAGUACGGCAAUUUACAUAAAAGCGACUAUGGUCUUCUAAGAUAAUGCAGGGAACUUUCUUUAAAAUAAACAAACUUUCUUCUUUUCCAGUACAAAUUUCCACCUGCAUGUCUUCCUCUGCGUCUCUUUUUCUCACCAUCUCCUCCUCUCAUUCCAUGAAAACCCAAUAAGGAUCUCUCAUGCAUUUCUUCAAAUCUAAGCCGUUGGAUUUUCUCCUUGUUAUCUCUUCUCACCUCCUACUCUUCUUCAGUUACAGCAGCAAUGCUUCAACUUUCAGCCAAACCAAUUGCCAGUCUCAUGAUUUUUCUCCCAACACUACAUUAUUUCAAGCCAAUCUCAAUUCCCUCCUUCAAUCUCUCAUCUCCAACACUCCAUCCUCCUCAGGCUUCUACAAAACCACCGUUGGCGAAAACCCAAACCGCGUAUAUGGCCUUGCUAUGUGCCGUGCCGAUCUCCGAUCCGAAGACUGCGAUACUUGCCUCCGAGACGCCACCGACAACGUCCUCCAGAACUGCAAUUUAGCAUCGGGCGGUCUCGAAUUCUCCGACGUGGAUCCACAGUCAUUGAUCACAGGAUUAGUAAAGAUCGCUCCAUCCCAGCCGUUGAUGUUCGCAGCGGAUGAUUUCCAAGUUCGUGGAUUCUCGGAGACUCGGUAUGGCUUUGUGCAGUGCACCAGGGAUCUGAGUGGUGAUGAUUGUGGGACAUGUCUGGCCCAGCUGAUGAACAACGAAUAUGAAGAUUGCUGUGUGGGGAUGAGAGAAUUUCGCAUUUUUGCACCCAGCUGCAACGUAAGGUACGACUGUCAAUCUUUCUACUCUGUAUUGGAAUCUGCGGUCCCUGCUCCUCAGCCGUCGGUUCGUGCUCCUCAGCCGUCGGUUCCAUCACAUGAGGUUGGCCAGGCUCCAAUACCACCGUCGACGUCCGGGCCCCAUCAGAAUCAGAUUCAGGCACCGGUUAGUGAAGGUCGAAAACCUAGUUUCCUGCGAAAGAAGCCUUUCCCCAGCUCCAUGGCGAUCAUCAUAGGUGUAGUACUAGUCGUAAUUGUAGCUGCUUUGAUCACAGUGGUGGUCUGGUACUAUUCCCGGAAGAAGAACAAAACGAAUGUAGAGAUGUUCUCCAUCGCUCCAAGGCAGUACAAGUACUCAGAUCUCAAGAAAAUGACCUGCUCUUUUAGUGAAAAGCUAGGUCAAGGAGGCUUUGGCGAAGUCUUCAAAGGGAAGCUCCCCAAUGGCGCUCCGGUGGCCGUUAAAAUCUUAAACAAGUCCAAGGGCAAUGGAGAUGAAUUCAGCAAUGAAGUUUCCACCAUUGGCAAUACCUCCCAUGUUAACAUUGUCCGCCUUCUCGGCUUCUGCUACGAUGAACCGUCGAAAAGAGCUCUUAUCUAUGAGUACAUGCCAAACGGGUCUCUCGAGAAGUUCAUCUUCAAUGACAAGGCUACGCGUUCUCUUGGAUGGGAGCAGCUAUACCAGAUUGCGCUCGGCAUUGCUCAAGGGCUCAAUUACUUGCACCGUGGAUGUACUACACGUAUCUUGCAUUUUGACAUAAAGCCACACAACAUUCUUCUAGAUGAAGAUUUCUGCCCGAAGAUCUCCGAUUUUGGGCUAGCUAAGGUAUGCGAGCGGAAUAAGAGUAUCAUAUCGAUGCGUGAUGCUAGAGGGACGUCGGGUUACACUGCGCCGGAAGUCUCAUGUAGGAAUCUUGGAGGAGUUUCUCAUAAGUCAGAUGUCUAUAGCUAUGGAAUGAUGGUGUUUGAGAUGGUCAGUGGAAGGAAGAACCUUGAUAUUGAAGUGGAGAAUGAUAGUAAAAUAUAUUUUCCACAUUGGAUACAUAAACAACUGGAACAACAAGGAGAUGUGUGGAAAGCAUUGGGUGAAUUUGCAGGGGCCGCGGAGGAAGAGAUUGCGAGGAAGAUGAGCUUGGUUGGUUUAUGGUGCAUACAGACAGAUCCGAACAAUCGACCUGCGAUGAGUAGUGUGGUGGAGAUGCUGGAAGGAAGUGUUGGAGAGUUGUCGAUGCCGCCUAAACCUUAAAACUGUCUUCUGUUUUUCAGACUGUAAGACGGGUCUUCUCUGGUAUUGGAUUCAAAUUCAAAUACAUUGUAGGCUAGCCGAACGAGCGGUUUGUAACGAUGGAGAUGCAAGGCUUUUUAUAUAUAUAUAUAUAUAUAAUGCUUAAUCAAACUUUCUUGUGAAAAAUUCAAAAACUGGGUGUUAAUUGUACCUUAAUUUGCUACUAUAGAAGGUGAGAGAUCUCCAUUUUUAUGUUGA